AUGGCGUUGGAAAAUGAUCCUCCCUCCUCCGUAAAAUGGCGUUUUUAUGGCAGGCCAGUAUUGCUUUUACUGCUGUUCCUGUGGUGUUUCGGUCACAUCGCAUCUGGCCAAAUACGGUAUACAAUUCCAGAGGAGAUGAAAAAGGGCUCAGUUAUUGGUAACGUAGCUCAAGACCUUGGAUUAGAUGUGCAAAGGCUCCGUUCUGGCCGUGCCCGUAUCGUGACCGGACAAAGCAUCCAGUACACCGAGCUGAAAACAGACAAAGGCAUCCUAGUCGUGAACGAGAGAAUAGACCGAGAGCAGCUUUGUGGUGACGUGACACCGUGCAGCUUCAGCUUUGAGGUUAUUUUAGAAAAUCCGAUGGAGCUGCACCCUGUGAAAAUACUGAUCCAGGACCAGAACGAUAACCCCCCUCAGGUUCUGUACCCAGUCCAGACUGCUGGCUCUCUGGUGGCUGAACUGGUGCCUCGUUCAGCAGAUGUGGGCUAUCUGGUCACUAAAGUGGUGGCUGUGGAUGUGGACUCUGGACAGAAUGCCUGGCUCUCCUAUAAACUGCAGAAAGCCACAGACAGGGCGCUGUUUGAAGUGGGCUCACAGAAUGGAGAAAUAAGAACGAUCCGCCAAGUCACUGAUAAAGACUUAGUGAAACAAAGACUGAGUGUUAUAGUGGAGGACAACGGGCAGCCCUCUCGUUCCGCUACGGUCGUUGUUAACGUGGCGGUGGCGGACAGCUUCCCGGAAGUGCUGGCGGAGUUCACUGACUUUACGCACGACAAGGAGUACAACGACAACCUAACUUUUUACUUAGUGCUUGCUCUGGCUGUAGUUUCCUUCCUCUUCAUCACGUGUGUAGUGGUUAUUAUCUCAGUGAAAAUCUACAGAUGGAGACAGUCUCGCGUCCUGUAUCACUCCAACCUCCCUGUGAUUCCAUAUUAUCCACCACGUUACUCAGAUACUUUGGGGACAGGGACUCUCCAACACGUGUACAAUUACGAGGUGUGCAGGACGACUGACUCCAGAAAGAGUGACUGUAAGUUCAGCGGAGCUGGUAGUCAGAACGUGCUGAUAAUGGACCCCAGUGCUACAGGGACGAUGCAGCGGAUACAGAGUGAAAAGAGCAUCCUGGAUGAACCAGACUCUCCUCUUGAGACUCUGAGGGCCGCUGUUUCCCUUCGAAGCAAAUGUGAAGCCUUUGAAAUGCAGCUACACCUCCAGUCGUCGUCUUAG